AGAAUUGGUUCUCCAUGCCAACGGGGAGGUAAACUUGAUUUUAUUCACACUAACUCAUACCGCGUACCAAAUUUCCAUUCCCAUGACAACGAAAUUCGGAAAUUUCUCGCAGUGCUUUUAGGUGUGCACUUAUCAUUGCAGUGGCAGGUCAAACUAACUCGCAGGGGAAGUGCCGAUCGAAGAGAUGAAUGUGAAGCGUGCCAGCUGCAAAUGCUUAUCACUGUCGGGCAUAACGCACUGGGGAAUCCCCUGCAAACACACACAUUGAACGAUAUGUGCAUGUACUAAUAAUAUUCCUGAUAAACGUAUGCAAAUACUAAAAUAUUUAUUUGUGAUAAAUAUAGUAUUUAAGAAGCAUCGUCUUAGCAGUAAGUGAUUAAAGUUCACAAACAAAAUUUUAGGUAGCUCAUUGAUUGAAUACAAUGCUUAACGGAUACGUGGAAAAAAAUAGCUCAGCUGUCUAACCUGAAUAACUUAUUCUUUAAAUGCGUCAGCAGUGCACGUUUUGCCAAGAAAAGCAAUUUAAGCAAUUACAUAUAUCGGUCGUUGUUCGCUAAAAACAGAUCGAAACUUAUUGGAAAUCAACUGAAUUUAAAAUCCAGCAAUUAAGAAGCAAUUAAGCUUGAGAACUUUUAUACAUUUAUACAUAUUUUUGAAAAUAUAUACGCUCAGAACUUUAUUACCAAAGCUUGAGAGGUAUAAAUAAUUUAUUAAUUUAUGCUAUAAAAUGUAUAAAUGUAAUGUAUAAAAAAGACAAAACCUGUGAAAGGUUAGUUAGAUUUAAAUGCUUUCAUUUUGCACACAAAUGCCUCCAAUAAAAAAAGGACAUAGGAAGGUAACUUGGGAAUCGGCUAUGCCGCACCGAAGGGAAACGGACACGGGACAACAACAACUGGCAGGGCGGAAAGGACGAGCAGGGCGCGGCUGCGAUCCCGGGGGGAUGGGGUGCAGGACGGAUGCACGGAGGAAGGGAGGAUAUUCGGAGCGCGGCUGCUGCAGCGGCAGAGAAAGAUAGAGAAAGAGAGAGAGAGAGAGAGAUAGGGAGAGGCAGCGCCAGCUGAGGGUUGCAAUAUCCUGCUGCUGCCGUUCAGCCUGUGGCCUGUAGCCAGUAUCCUGUUGCCCUCCCGCUUCAGCUGCCGCAACUCAAACAGCUGCAACAAUUUUAUUUUUUUUGGUUGCCGAUGGAUUGUUGUUUUUAAUUUCCUUGGCGCGGCACAUCCCCUAAUGCCACUAUCUCUGGUCCCUGCCGCAUUUUGGGGUUGGAGUUGGCAGUUGCCAGUUGGUCGCCAGGGUGCAGUUGGUCGCAGCUCAGUCGUGGCGAUCGCCAGGUGAACGAAGGUUGUGUCGCGCAGGAGCGAGUUCGAAAACCAAACAAUUGCAGCUUAAAUCUAGUAGAUCAUCCUCUAACCAUGUCGGGCAAAUUGAUAAUGAAACGCAAGCGAGCCAGCCAGGAGGAGCAGCAGCAACAUCAGCAGCAGGCGCAGGAGCAACGUGUCCAGCCGCAGGAACAGCAACAGGAGCAGCAACCGAAUGAAGCGGUUCCGGAGAAACGCCAUCGUCCUCUAACUCCGCCAGCAGAAGAGCCAGGCCAGGAUUGCCCCACCCCGCCAGAUGCCACCAAUCGAAUCCUCCUGGAAGCGCUGCAAAAGAUAAUGGAGCUGCAGGCGGAACUGGAUGCCUUUGAGCAGGAUCUAGACGAUCGCGAUGGCUAUGCGGCUGGAGGAGCUGAAGCGGAGGAUGCCGAGGAAAGAGAAGAGGAUGCCGAGGUGGCGGCCCAGUUUGCGCCACCGACGCCAGCCCAAAGGAGCCAGGCGGAGGCACUGGGUUUCGCAAUGUGCGCUAGGGAAACACUGCUGUUCCUGCAGAGCGAGGGUAUACCCACAGAGUCGCCACUCUACCAGACCCUACUCGGGAAAUUGGUUGGGCAAAGCGAUGGACUGCUGCACGCCUGAGAGCAAACCGGAGGGCAGGAACUCCUCCUCAUUCUAGUCACUUGCUGCGAUCUCAUUGCAAGUAAAACGAGAGAGAGAAACCAAGGGUUGCGAACUUUCCGGGGGUGGAAAUUAUGCAACACAGGGAUCUGGGUAUUCCUAAGCUAUUUACUCUAGUCAAUUAUUGUAAAGCAAUAUAAAACACAUAAGCAACAACGAAAUAAAUUGUAUUUGAAACUAAAA